GACAUGAUCAAAUAAAUAACAUUUCAAGUUUAAUUAAACAAAAUCAGAAGGUGUUAACAACAAUGUUGCAUGUAAUUAAAGAUAGAUGUUUGACGUACCCUUGGUUGAGGAGAUGAGUGAGUUUGAGGACCUUAAUGUGUGUGAUACAGUUAUAAGGAAUUCUUCCUCCGCAAACGAAGGGGACAACGAAAGAAACGACAUAGUAACUACCAAGUUGACUCCUUAAUAAUAUCCAAUCACGGUGACACGCCUUUUGUUGUUGUUGCCUGAAGAAGUUGUUUUCAAAAUUUUCUUUUUCCAAUAACAUCUGUCACCCUUUUGGAUAUCAUUCCAUCUUAUUUUUGGCAAAUUGCUAGUUUAAGAAAAAAAACAAACAUUUUUCCCGUUUUCAUCGUUGCAAAACUAUCUUGCAUCUGGUGGGUGGGGUUGAUGGAGGAGGUUUGAUGCGAUCAAUCCUCUCCCAGAAAUCACAUAUUUCUUUUGGGUUUUGAUCCUUUCGAGGUUGGAGUUGUGGGAAUUUGAUACUUUUGUGAAAUAGAGAUAUGCUAAUGGCGAUGGUGGUUGUGUAAUUUAGAAGGUGGUUAAUGUUUAUUCCUCAAAUCAUUAUUUGAAAGGGAUAGUUGGAAGGUGGUGUCAAGUUCAUAGUGCCCGCUUCGCAAUUCCAAAAAGAAUACAAGUUCUUCCAAAGGAUUUCAGAUUGAUUACGGUUUGAUGAUUUCAUUUCGGAGGUGUUUGUCCGACAGAGAAACUGGUGCUUUUUGACGAGUCAGUGAAGGGACUCUACUUCCAAUUUCCUGAAUAGUUUGUUAAUCGUGUUGUUAUCUUGAUUUGCUGGGACAUGAAGUUUCUGAGCAUUGUGGGGAAUUCAUUUGGAUGUUCUGCAUCUGGUGAGCGCUUAGUUUCUGCAGCAAGGGAUGGGGAUGUUCAAGAGGCCAAGGCAUUAUUGGAUUAUAACCCCCGUCUUGCAAGGUAUUCCACUUUUGGAGUUCGCAAUUCCCCUUUGCAUUACUCUUCGGCUCAUGGCCACCAUGAGAUAGUGUAUCUCUUGCUUGAGUCUGGAGUUGAUAUCAACCUCAGGAAUUAUCGUGGUCAGACUGCAUUGAUGCAAGCUUGUCAACAUGGUCAUUGGGAAGUGGUUCAGACCUUGAUUCUUUUUAACGCCAAUAUUCAUAAAGAAGAUUACCUAAAUGGAGGUACUGCCCUUCACUUGGCUGCUUUGAAUGGCCAUACCAGGUGCAUUCGGCUCCUUCUAGUGGACUACAUACCUAGCGUCCCUAACUUUUGGAAUGCACUACAGACAAAUGAUCAUAAGUCAAUCUUAGAAUUUGAUCGAAGUGGCCUUUGCGAGGUAAUUAACAGAACAGCUGAUGGAGGCAUCACUGCUUUGCAUAUGGCAGCACUAAAUGGGCAUGUUGAAAGUGUACAGUUACUCUUGGAUUUGGGGGCUUCUGUGUCUGAGGUUACUGGGGAGGAUGGAACUACCACAGACUUAAUUGGUUCUGGAAGCACUCCACUCCACUAUGCUGCAUCUGGUGGAAAUGCACAAUGCUGUCAACUUUUGAUUGCCAAGGGUGCCAAUCUAACUGCUGAGAAUGCAAAUGGAUGGACCCCCUUGAUGGUUGCUCGUUCGUGGCAUAGAAACUGGCUUGAGGACAUCUUAAAAGAACCUCCAGCAGACCCCUUACAAGUUCUUCCAUCUCCAUAUAUAUCUCUUCCACUUAUGAGCAUUGUGAGAAUAGCUAGAGAAUGUGGAUGGAAGACGAAUGACUUAGCACCAACAUGCUUAGAUCCAUGCGCUGUUUGUUUGGAAAGGAAAUGCAUGGUCGCAGUGGAAGGUUGUGAUCACGAGUUUUGCACACAAUGUGCCUUGUAUCUUUGUUCCACAAACUCUACCUCAACAACCACAACAGGCCCCCCAGGUUCAAUUGCUUGCCCCCUUUGUAGGCACGGCAUAGUCUCAUUUGUGAAGCUUCCAGAUACAAGGCCAUUACACAAGGGAAUGCAUAGGACAUCAAAUUUGUCCCUAUCAUUUUGCAAAUGUUCAAGUGAGGUGUUGGGGGACUCUAGUGACAUUACCACCCCAUUUUGCAAACAAACAUCAAGUGGAUCCAAAUCAUCUUCCCCUUCAAAAGCAUUUCGCUCCCUGAGCUGCCAAGCGUUCCCUUCAUUCAGAAUGAACCCCAGCCUUUGUUUGGGAGCAGAAGUUAGUCCUUCCUUAGCCCCUAGCAAUGGGAACAAGAACUUGAGGAAAAACUUGGCUAGAUGUUCUAGUUCUGGGUUCAAACAAUCAUCUUCUCGAGCAGAGAGAAGGAAGUCAUGGUUUUGUUCCCUCAAUCAAUCUGUCGCCACAGGCAAUGGUUGUUGAUUACAUUUUGAUCUUUUCAUGCUUUUCCUUUAUCACACACCAAUCACUAUGAGUAGUAUCCAACAAAUUUGUACUCGUGAUUCCAAUUAUCAUCCACUGUUCACAACACAGCUUGUAAAUACCUAGCCCAAUUGUUCAGCUAGGACAAGCAUUUCUUUUUUGGCAACAUAUUUCACAACAAGAUUCAUGUUUUGUGCAUGCAAA